ACUGUUCCGGGUCCGCGGCCCCACGUGACUGACUCCUCCGUAUUCACGUGACGAGUUUCUCAGUAGCGCUGGUGAGGAGGACUAUGGAGCUGGUCCCCGGGCCGGGGCCGCUACUGCUGCUGUUCCUGCAGUGGUUGGGGUCGCGCGACUUCGCCAGCGCAGGGAAAAUGAAGGUCGUGGAGGAGCCCAACACCUUCGGAUUGAAUAACCCCUUCUUACCACAGACCAGUCGGUUACAGGCCAGGAGAGACCCAUCAGCAGCUUCAGGUCCUGCACAUCUCUUCAGACUUUCUGGCAAGUGCUUCAGUUUAGUGGAAUCCAUGUACAAGUAUGAAUUUUGUCCCUUUCAUAAUGUCACACAGCAUGAACAAACUUUCCGUUGGAAUGCUUACAGUGGAAUUCUGGGGAUUUGGGAUGAAUGGGAAAUUUUCAACAACACAUUUACUGGCAUGUGGAUGAGAGAUGGUGAUUCCUGUGGGACUAAGAACAGGCAGACAAAGGUGGACCUUGCCUGUGGAAAAAGUCAUAAGCUGGCCCGAGUUUCUGAACCAAGUACCUGUGUCUAUUCUCUAACCUUUGAGACACCUCUGGUUUGCCACCCACAUGCUUUGUUAGUGUAUCCAACCUUACCAGAGAACUUACAGCACAAGUGGGAUAGAACAGAGCAGUCUCUUGCUGAUGAAUUAAUUACUUCACAGGGAUAUGACAAAUUGCUGAAGGAGGUGUUUGAAGAAGCAGGCUAUUUAAAAGCCUCAGCAGAAAAGGAGGCUGUAAAUCCAGAGGGAGAUGCCAAGGGUCCUAAGUUUGAAGGCCUGGAGAAGUGUAAUAAGGAAUAUGAGGAACUUUCCAAGGAAAUAAAAAGGCUGAAAGACUUGCUAACUCAGAAUCACAUUGCAUACACAAAGCACAGAGAAAGUACUGGUGCUGAAUACUUGGAUUACAAGAAACCUGCAACUAGCUCCCCAGUUUGGAGUAGUACCAGGCCCCCAGAGCAUCUUCGAGGAGACGCUGGCCUUCAAAACGACCUCUUGUGACAGUUCACAGGCAGAAGGCCAGAGGGUUCUAUAUUGAUUCAAACAGACAUGAUACACACCUUUGUAUGGGAGGGAGGGAAGUAAGCUUUAAGGUUGUUUUGGUGCUCCUGGGGGACUGAACCCCUAACUACUAGACCUCAUUCUAGAAAACCAUCUCCUCUCUUUCAUGGACAUCCCAGUGUUCCAUCCCAGGAAACCAUGAUGUGAUAGAAGAGGACCUUGGGGACCAAGUAAGCUUCCCUGGCCACUGGUGAUGGAGAGAAAGAAAUAAAGCAGUGAAACCAGGAAGAGGAACAGCAGGUCACAGGGCAAGACUGAGGCUCUUUGGUGCUAAUGAAAGUUUAAGGCAAAGAAUAAAAAACACUACAGGGAAAAGUAAAUACUUUGUACAAUAAGGGCACUAUCUAAAGUAUGGAAUACACCAUAAAUAUAUGAAUGAAUGAAUAAACUGACUUCUGGAUGGAGAGGGAACUGAUUCCUGGACUAAUUUUCGGUACCAUACCUGUAUAACCACCUCAGCUCAGAAAGGAGCGCUCUUUCUUCCCUGAAUC